AUGGGCAGCAAGAAGCGAGGUCGAGAGGAUUCAGAUGACUCUGAUUGCGACCUUCUGAAGCACUUGAAUGAGGCUCAUCAAGCAGCAGUUCACCGAGUUCACGAGCAAGCAACACAGGAUAGUGUUAGCGUGGUGAAGACUGACAACAGCGACACUGCCAGUGAAAGUUCAGAUAGCGACGAUUUGCUUGCCUUUUUGGAUGAUGAGCGACGCAAGGAGCUAAAUCGACUGCGAAAGCGGAAGUACAUGAAUAAGCUCAAAUCUAGUAAGGAUAAGAGCGCAAGCAAGCAUUUAGAAACCAAGAAUGCCAGCAGUGGUUUUGAGAACGAGCUUAGUGCUGAGGAGCGCACAGAAUGCUUAGAGCAUCUUCGAAGGGCCCUUGGAGCUGAAGGGCUCGAUGAAUGCGCUUGUGUUGUGUGUGAUCGAUUGGGUCUCCGCCAAGAAUCCCGGCGUGUCGAGGAUGUGGACUUGACCUAUCUGAAGAAGAUGAAAAGGAGCCUCCACGUUGAGACGGCAAACCUGCCGAAUACCCUGGUUGAACAAUAUCGGUGUCCAAGUUGCUUGUCAGAUCUCAGUGGACUAAUGGUUUCUCCUCGUGGAAUAAAUACCUACACUGAUGACAAUAACUAUUCACGUGCGUGGCUUUCCGUGUGUAGAGAAUGCGAUCGAUCUAUUCAGCGUGGCCGGCUCCCUAAAUUUGCGAUUGCCAAUGGCUUUUUCGUGGGACGUCUACCACACAAACAUCGGGACUUGACGGUUCCAGAGCGUUUGAUGACGCAGCUAACAAAUGUCGUUGCAAUGACUCGCGUAAUGCGAGGUGGUCACCACAGAUGCAUUCGCUCCCAUUGCAUCGCGUUCGACUGCACGCCUGGCCCACCCGUCACACUGUUGCCUCGAUCACUGGAAGAUGUUGCAUCGUACCGCGUAGUACUUAUUGGUGACUUUACAGCGGCCCAACUGGAGCAAGUACGCAAACUGCAUCGCAUUAGGAACGGAGCGGUUCGAGACUUGUUUGCUUUCUACAAGAUAAACAAUCAUUUGUACGCCGAAAUCGCAGAAAGUGAUCCUGCAGAAAAUAGCGAGUACACGGAUGCUGAUCUUGAAGCAGCAUUUGUCGAGUACGUCCCGGACGACGAAGGUUCAAUUGGUGGAGAAAUGGAUAGAGAGCAACAAAAUAUUCGUGGGGAAUCCGACGCAUGGCGUGUGAUGUUACGAGAACUUCCUGUACUAUCACAAGCUGGUAGAAAUAGAGAACGUGAGCGUGAAUUUGAGGUUCGAAGAUCAAGUUUCUUUGCAAAUGACAUUUCUGGAACAUUGUUGGCACGAAUAUUCCCGGAACUAUUUCCUUUUGGGCGCGGGCACCCAGGCGAGCAGCGGCAUGUCAAAGUGUCCGUGCAGGAAUGUAUCAAAUAUUACACGAUGCUGAGUGAGCGGCAAUUCGCUGAGGAUGCGCUGUUUACAUUGGUUGCUUUUGACAAGAUCUCCAUGAUGAGUAUGUAUAUCCAGAAUCACGUUCGUUGUCAAAGGUUUCCGCAUCUCCUGGAAGGGUAUGAUCGACUCACCAGCGAGCAGUUAGGAAAAGCUCUGCUCGAGAAUGAAAGGCGACUCCAAGGGUGCUUACCAUGGAGGCAGGCGGACAACUCUGUCGCUCAAAAAUUUCUUAAGACGGUAGAGAUUGGUUCACGCUCGGUGUGGGGCAGCAAUGCUGAAAGGUCUCAGUGUCGUCACAAGGCGUUUGCCUACCAGACUAGUUGCAAUUUGGUUAAUAGCAGUGAAGACGCCACGACAUCUAAUUUCCGCGCUGUGUCGUAUCUUGACGACUAUAUUUAUCGCCCGAAGAUGCUGGAGAAUCUAAAUCUUUAUGAAUUCACUAUGUGGUUCUUCCGAAAGAAACACGAGAAUGCUAUUAGCUUGUGGCUGGGCUUUCUAGACAGGCAUCCGUUGUGCAAGUCACACUGUCUAGGAAAGCGAUACGAGGAGGUCGUUCCUGUCCUUCAGACGUUUCGUUUUCCUCGCAAUGAGGGACAAGCAUCAAGUGAGAAACGCUACAAGUACGCUGUUCUCUCGUUGGUGCUCUUCAAGCCCUUUCGCUGCUUGGCGGAUCUCGUUUCACAUAGCUCGGACGAGCAGAUGUGGAUAGACUGCUAUGACCAAUGGAAACCUCAGCGGAGUAACUUUGUAGAAGAAAUUAUGAAUAAUAUGGAGGACUUUUAUAGUGGCUUUGAACGGGCAAAGUCUGCGCGCGAGGAAGCGUCGGUCACUUCUAAGCCAGAAUCCCUAACACCUGACGGUGACACUAGUGGAGAUGAGAAUGAUGACCUCUUUCAUGGUGAUGAAUUAGAUUUUGAUGACUUUGUAAUGGAAGAAGACAACCAGAACAGAGAUUUGGGCGAUUUGUGGACAUCUGACGAUAACAUCGACGCUGUCUUAGAGAGCAUGGAUUUAGACCCUGCUUCUUGCCCAACAACCACAGCUCCAGAUGACUCGAUUGCUCCCAUGCUCGGCAUUUUUAGGGAUUGUGGUCUGCUAAAACCUGCUGCGCAAAAUAUUUUGGAGAGUGAUAUCAUCGAAUGCUGUUUGCCUGACUCGCUAUCAAUUGAUCUUAUGAAGAAAUGGGUGAAAGACGACAACACGGAUAACGCGUUGUUAGCCACGUGCGAGCCGAGAUCAGGUUUAGUAACUCAAAAAACAGAAGUGGUAGAGCUUCUAGACGGGGGGCUAUUGGAAAGUAACAUGACUUGGCAGCCACCCUUGACUUUGGCAUGCUCACCAAAGUUGACCAAGAAUUUUGCAACGAUUUCGGAUACAUCAAAGACGUUUUCUCUCAACAAGAGGCAGCACUAUGCAUUCACGGCAAUAGGCAAAGCCCUGCUGUCACGAUGGCGACAAGCGGAAACGCUGCCUGGUGCAGAUAUAUCGCUUUCGUUAUGUCUGCGCCAAACACAACUACUUCUCUUCCUCGGAGGUGAAGGUGGCACUGGCAAGAGCCGCAUCAUAGAUGCAGUACAGGCAUUUUGCGAUAGCUGGGGUCGCCAACAGUCUCUCAUAAAGACUGCUCUAACUGGAAAAGCAGCGACAUUGAUAGAGGGGAGGACAUUGGCGGCAUUUUUACUGCAACUUCGCAAGAAACGAGCGACUGACGAGAUCAUCAACCUCGAAUUAAUAAUCAUUGAUGAGGUCUCUAUGAUGAGAAAAUUUCAGCUCGCACAGCUUGACAAGAUCUUGCGUAUUGCAAAAAGAAUGCCUGACGUCGCUUUUGGUGGUGUUCAUAUCGUCUUGGUGGGAGACUUUUUACAACUACCGCCUGUUGGUGGCGCACCACUUUUCAAGGACCCCUCCACUCAAGCAAAGUUAUCUUCUAAUGAGCUGGCUGGCUUCGCGUUGUGGCGCCAAUUUACAAACGUUGUGAUCUUAAAGGAGAGCGUUCGGUUUGCUAAAGAUCCAGAAUGGGGUCGUGGUUGUCAUCAAGCCCGUCUCGGAACUUGGACUCCAGAGUUUGUUGACCUCAUUAAUUCUCGUGUCCUGACCGCUGCAAGCACAAUCGAUGCCGCCGCCAAUGACGAGAAGGCGACCACGUUUGUGACUCCUGAUAAUUCUACCAGAACGGCAAUCAACCAUUUAUUCGUAUCAACAACAGCGAAGCUACUGCCUCACGGCGAAUACCCUGUACGGGUAGUUGCAAACUUCAAGGGAAAGUUAUCAUCAUUACGUCGAUCGGAAGUGCGGGAUAUCAUGUCACUCCCCGACACAAAAUUCGGCCGGUUGGCGCCGUAUCUGGACCUUAUAAUUGGUAUGCCUGUCCAAAUUACGCAGAACGUUCGUCCGGCAAAGCUUGUGGCGAAUGGAACUUUGGGGCUCUUAGAGACGAUCCUGUAUCACCCAGACACACAAUUCCGACUGGUUCACGACUCAGAAGCUGAUAUGACCGUGAAAGUUCCCAGUAUACCGCCUCCAGCAGUGCUCGUCCGCAUCGACCGCGGCCCAGCAGCUUCAACCCUGCUGGGUUACAAUGACGCAAAUCUGUUUCCAUUAUUUUUCGAUACAGAAGCUUACAAUGCGUGCAAUAUCAGCCUUGCCGGCUUCGUGAAUGGUAUCCCACGAUCUCUCUCGGUUAAGAUACAACAGUUUCCAUUGGCAUGUGCAGUUUCUUGCACCAUCUACAAAGUACAAGGAGAUACCUUGGAUGCUAUGGUAGUGACGGAUUGGCGUUCAAAAUGCGCUCAGACGAACAAAAGAGAACAACCGUAUUUGCUGGUGUCGCGUGUAACGUCAAGAUCAGCUUUUACAGCUCUCAAACCACUAACUAACGACAUUAUUCAAUGGGCCAAGCCUUCUCAAGCGACUUUAGAUGAAGAAGCACGGCUUAAACGUUUCAGCGCGGACACGAUCAAAAGACUGAAGGCUCGAGUUGAGUGA